UUCAGAUUCACCUAUUUAUCACAUAUACAUCUGUAAUGAAAGAUUUAAAUGUGUUUCCUUCCUUGAGUAUAUGUUAAUAUGUGUAUUACAAAUAAGACAAAAUGGAGUUAGCCUGGGAUGUGAGAAUAUGUUGUGAAAGUACAAAGGAACCAGUUCACAGCCAUGUUCCAAGAGCUUUUUUCAGUGACUUCUAAAGGAUUUUGAAGGACAACGGGAUGAUCAACAGCGUCAGCUCAGCUGAAAACUCAAACCUCUCUCUCUCUCUCUCUCUCACCAUCGUUACUCAAUUCCAUACCACGAACUCAACUGAACUUUACUCAUCACGCCCCCUCUCCCUCCCCACAACCCCUCUCACUCUCCCCACAACCCCUCUCCCCCUCCCAGCUUGUCAGCCCCUCGACUCUUCUGCUAAGAUGAGAGGGAUUCACUGCACUCUGCUGUUACUGAACGGGAUUGUCAUCUCACUCCAGGGUGAUUUUAUCCUACUUGUACCUGAUGAACCCUUUGUAGCAAUUGCAGGUGAAGAUGUUGUACUGGAAUGUCAGCUGUUCCCACCAACCUCUGCCAGCAACAUGACAGUGCAGUGGCUGAAAUCAGGUCUCAGCUCACCCAUCCACGUGUACAGACAUGGACAAGAUGAUCCCCUCGCUAAACACCAGGAUUACAGAGGAAGGACAGAACUGUUUAAAGGUGAAAUUUUCAAAGGAAACAUUUCCCUCAGAAUAAAGAACAUAAGGCCAGACGAUGAAGGGCGAUAUACAUGUUCAGUUGAAGACGGAACUGACUUCAAACAAUCUGCAGUUGAACUGCACGUUCAAAACGAUCUCUUUCCUGCUGUUCCUGAAUGGGUCCCGCCACUGGUCAUCACCAUUUGUGUUGUAAUUGCUGCUCACUGCACUGUGAUUUAUUGGAAUGUGAAACAAAACAGACGCAUAAAAGAGUGGAAGAGGAUACAAGGCCAUGAAGAGUGGAAGAGGAUACGUGGCCACGAAGUCUCUGUCACCCUGGAUGUGGAAACGGCGCAUCCGUGGCUCGAGGUGUCUGAGGAUCGGAAGAGUGUGAGACGGACCGGGACCCGGAGGGAUCUCCCCGACACCGGGAAGAGGUUCACAUACUUCGCUUGUGUGCUGGGAUCGGAGGGGUUCACAUCGGGGAGACAUUACUGGGAGGUGGAGGUGACGGGGAAUCGGUGGUGGAGGCUGGGAAUCGCCGCAGAGUCUGUGGAGAGGAAGAGAGGGGUCACACGGAGUCCGGAGACCGGAUUCUGGAUCAUCAGACGGCAUGAUGACGGGAUGUGGGUUUACACCUCCCCUGAGUCCCGUCUCCCUGCCGGUCCCAUCCCCGGGAGGGUGGGAGUUUAUCUCAGUUACGAUUCCGGGACAGUUUCAUUUUACAACGCAGAGACCAAGUCCCAUCUCCACACCUUCACUGGGAAUAAAUUCACGGAGAAACUUUAUCCUUACUUCGGGAUUGGAUAUGAAAACGAGUGGCUGAGAAUCUGCUCUGGAUCCGCUCCGGGUCUGUAAACGGGUCGGGUCCGGGACCGGCGUCAGGAUAAGUCAGUGUAAAUAUAAAUGUGCGGACAGUGAAAUAAACACGAUGUGAGAAUUAUCGAUCCAUUAAUUUUAACUCGUUCACCGCAUCCGUUAACGGAACAGAAACACCGCGGAUUCAGCAGCAGCCCCGGGCGGCGGGUCCUGAGCUCCCCGGCUCCCCCGGGUGCUAAAGUCCACCGGGACUGACCGGGUAACUGGGACAAGUGGUGGGGGUGCUGACUGGAAAAGGGAGGUCAGGGUGAAUCUUCGGGGACGGGACAGGGACCGGUGGCAACACGCAAAGUGCCAAAGAAUCGGUACAGAAAGGUGGAAGGAAGGGGGAGUAAAAGCUGACAGCUGAUCCGGAUGAGGGAGGGGUGGAGUGUGGAAAUGUGUCAGAAGCUGGGAGGGGAGAGGUGGUGGAGACAAAGAUGAUGGAAUCUGGUCGGAGAGGAAAGUGGAGA